AUGGGUCUGGUUUGGAAGGCGAUCGGUCCUUUACUACCUGAUAGAACACGGAAUAAAGUGCAACUCUGCACGACUAACAGCGAUUGGAAGGAUCAGAUCCAAAAGAAGGCUAAGCCAGAGUGCAUCCCAGCUCACUGGGGUGGCCAACUGUACGACGCGAACGGCGAUCCAAUGUGUCGCGAUCGCCUGAACAUUCCAUUUGAUCCAAUUCCUCAUUCAAUAUAUUGGCAACCAGAUGAGCAAUCCCCUGGAAUUGAUCAGCUCACUUGUGCGGUGAUACCUGCUGGUAAGGCGAAAAUCGUCACAUACGUGCUUCCCACCAAUGAAACGACCUAUAUCGUCAUAAACAGAUUCUGUGAUCGAACCUUCGGUAUGGGCAUCUGGUACAGCGACGACGUUUCUGCCGUCGACUUUAGUCUAGAUGAGAUGAAAGACUGGUUUCCCGACUUCGACUACCCUGGAAUGCCCACAGACGACUAUCUACGAAUUAAAACUCUCGGUGCUGGUGUGUACAAGGUGAAAUAUGGCAAUGAAGGGGCAUGGAUACGGUCGUUGACAGUCUACUACAGAAUCCGAUUCGAGAACGAGAAAGGAGAACCGGUCGAAUUUAAGGAGCUUUGA